AGCGGCGCCGCACCGAGCAGGGAGGGAGGGGGCGUCCCGGAGUCUCUGGAAAGAUAGAGGGCCAUGACCACACCGGCAGGUUCGGGCGCAGGCUUCGGCUCCGUGUCCUGGUGGGGCCUGUCCCCGGCGCUGGACCUGCAGGCUGAGAGUCCUCCUGUGGACUCCAGGGGCGAUACAGAGCCCAGGACCCCCGAGCUAGAUGUACUGCUGCUGGGCUCCGUGGAUGGGCGGCACCUGCUUCGGACCCUGGCCCGGGCGGCGCUCUGGCCUAGCAAGAGGUUACAUUUCUUUGUGCUAGAGAAUAAUCUGGAAGCUGUGGCCCGACACAUGCUGAUCUUCAGCCUAGCUUUGGAGGAACCUGAGAAGAUGGGGUUGCAAGGUCAGAGCGAGACCUUCCUGGAGGUGUGGGGGAACGCGCUGCUGCGCCCCCAGGUGGCCGCCUUCGUGCGCGCCCAGGCCAACCGCCUGGCGCACCUGGUCCCGGAGCCCGACCGCCUGGCGGAGCAGCUGCCCUGGCUCAGCCUGGACGCCCUCAAGUUCCGCGAGCGCGACGCCCUGGAGGCUGUGUUCCGCUUCUGGGCCGGCGGGGAGAAGGGGCCCGAGGCCUUCCCCAUGAGCCGCCUCUGGGACUCCAGGCUGCGUCACUACCUGGGCUCCCGUUACGACGCCCGGCGCGGUGUCAGCGACUGGGACUUGCACAUGAAGCUGCACGACCGCGGGGCCCGAGUCAUCCACACUCGCGAGUUCCGGCGUUGGAGGGACACGGGCGUCGCCUUUGAACUCAGAGACUCCAGCGCCUACCACGUGCCAAACCGGACCCUUGCGUCUGGUCGUCUCCUGAGUCAUCACGGAGAGCGUGUUGCAGCGCGUGGGUACUGGGGGGACAUCGCCACGGGGCCAUUCGUGGCCUUUGGCAUUGAAGCGGAUGAUGACAGCCUCCUACGGACCAGCAACGGACAGCCAGUCAAGACCGCUGGUGAGAUCACUCAGCACAAUGUGACGGAGCUGUUCCGGGAGGUGGCCGCCUGGGGGCGCCCGAGAAACACCCUCGGACACCCCAAGCAGGUGCACCAAGACGGGGAUGGAAGCCCAGAGCCUGCCCCUGCCCCGGAAUUCUUCAAUGUGCACUUCCUGCCUCUGGGCUCUGCCCAGACCCUUCACCACAGGACCUGCUACAAGGAACGGUUCCAGCUUCUCUAUGUGGCCUGUGGGAUGGUGCAUCUUCUCAGCCCCGAUCUCGGGGCCUGCGUGGCCCCUGGAGGACGCCUGGUGGUGGAAUUAGCCCGGUACCUGGUGGACCUGCGGCAGGAGCAGCUGCAGGGGUUUGCCACCCGGGUCGGGGAGCUGGCUCAGGCGGCUGGGUUCACCCCCCGGCCCCAGACCAGGCCCUCAGAGACCUUCGCACGCUUCUACAAGGCCCCGGACUCUGCUUACCACCGCCCUGACGCAGCUGUGGGCUCCGUGACUCCGCCCCCUGAGGUCCUGGUCCCGCCCCUUGAGGACCAGGGCCAGCCUCUGGAACGCAGGACCCCACCCUCUGGGCCCCUCAAGCAGCCCCCAGAGUCUCCGGCUCCACCCACAGAGAAUCAGACCCCAAAACCAGAGAGUCUGACUCCACUGCCAGUUGCCCGGUCCCCCAUCUCUGACUUGUAA